AUGACUGAUAAACAAUAUCAAGCGUAUCAAACGUACCAACGCUUCAUUCGAAUUUGGUUAACUAUCGGUGGUUGUUGGUACAUGCCCACAAAAUCCGGCAAGCCUACAUACUACUGGCCAGUUUUUGUGCUUUGGCUAACAAUUGCGAAUACAGUGAUAAAAAUGAAUUUAAUCUACAUCUCUAGGCAUAACUUAGCACAUAUGAUGAAAUUCAUAGGAAACUCUUUAUCUACAAUUGGCUCCCUUAUCAAGAAUUAUACAUUUCUGAUUUUCUUUAAGGUGAUAAGCUUUUUGAUAAAUCGCGGCUCCUUGAUAAAGUAUCACCAGACGCUAAAUGAGUCCUUUGAGGAGGAGCUUAUGCAAAACAAGAAAAUCCGGACUAUGAUAUUGUCAUCUCAGCGUAAAAUUUACAUUGUGACGUAUACAUAUAUCACCAUUAUAACUGCAUUUGUGCUUAUGGCUUAUAUGUUUCCAUAUAUCUACAUAAUUCGCGAUCUUUGCCACUUACGUUUGACUACGAAUUACACUUUGCCGAUGAGUAAGGGGUAUGGAUACUUCUGGCCCGUUCCCGACAAUUUUUUGUAUCAUUUUUAUUUGCUUAUCAAGACGAUUUUGGUGAUGCUCGCUGUCACCACUUCGACUGGCGUCGACAGUAUUUUUGGCCUUUAUGUCUAUCAAUUCGUCUCGACGCUUCGUUUUAUGACUUUCAGACUCUCGAAUUUGUCCAUUGAAAGUUUUUCAGAUCAGUUAAGAACGUGCAUAAAGAAACAUCAGAAGUUACUGCAAUGCCGCAACACGCUAGAACACAUCUAUGGACCCAUCAUUCUUUGGCACAUUAUUACCAAUGCUGUGCUUAUUUGCACAUUGAUAUACGAGAUGAUGCAAGUACGUAAAUAGCAUAUUAAUGCAAAAACUGGCACUUAAUCUUUUAAUCAACUGUAUAUUAUGUAUAUGCAAUCAAUUCUUUAAUAUAAUAUUAUAUAAUUAUUAAUGUUUGCAACAGUCUUCGAAUUUUAAUCUUCGCAACUUGUUUGUAUUUCUAAUAUACACUUCAAUAAAGCUGUUUCAAAUGUUUAUAUACGCAUGGUGCGGCACCAUUCUUACAAAUGCAGUAAGUUUUACUGAUUUGAUAAAGCAAUUAUUAUAACAGAAAAUAAAUCGUUUUAUAUUAUCUAGAGUGAUAAUUUCCGUAAUGGAAUAUACUUUGGUAAAUGGCAUAAUUCGAAUCUCGAUCAUCACGUAAGAGUAAAUGUUAUUUUGAUGCUGAUGCAAAAACCAAUGACUAUAUAUGCAAUUUUCUCACCCGUCGAUGUAGUCUUAUUCGGUAAUGUAAGUUUUUUAAUUAUAAUCACCCGUGUAAGUCUGAGUAAACUUUAACUGUUAAAUCAUUCAGUUUUAUCGCG